CCAUUCCCUCCUUCCCUUCUCCACCAUAUCACUCACCACCUUCCAAACCCCUCCUCCACUCAUCCACCUCCUCCAUCAAUGGCAGCCCAAGCAUCCACCUCCUUCUUCUCCCCUGCCACCCUCACCGGCACCACCAUCCCCUUCAAACCCCUCAAACCACUUACUUUCCCCCAAUCCAACCGCCUCUCUAUCAAACUCUGCGCCACCGAUGAAAAGACCGCUCCGGUUGGCUUCACUCCUCCUGAGCUCAACCCAAACACUCCUUCUCCCAUCUUCGGCGGCAGCACUGGUGGUCUUCUCCGCAAAGCUCAGGUGGAGGAGUUCUAUGCCAUCACUUGGGAGUCACCAAAGGAACAAAUCUUUGAAAUGCCAACCGGCGGUGCUGCCAUAAUGAGACAAGGUCCUAACCUUCUCAAGCUUGCUCGGAAAGAGCAGUGCUUGGCUCUCGGCACUCGGCUUCGGUCCAAGUAUAAGAUUAAUUAUCAGUUUUACAGAGUGUUUCCAAAUGGAGAGGUUCAGUAUUUGCACCCAAAAGAUGGUGUUUAUCCUGAGAAGGUGAAUCCUGGACGCCAGGGUGUUGGUCAGAACUUCAGGUCUAUUGGUAAGAAUGUCAAUCCUAUUGAGGUUAAGUUCACUGGGAAGCAAGUCUAUGAUUUGUAAGCUAGUUCAGUUUGUGGUUUAUCUGUUCAUGUGUUUUAAAUAUCAAUUUGUAUCUGAAUAAUUUUAUGUUCACGUUGUUGUUGUUGUUGUUGCAGUUAUUGUUGUUUUUUCUGCUGAUUUCUUGUUUUAUAUAUAUGUACAAUAUGGA